AUGAAGUACGUCGAAAGCGAUUCGUCGGCUUUCGUCAGCACCUACGGAAACGGCAUGUACAGUUCCUCGCUAGAAUCUCUGGGUUCCGCCUCCUCGGGUUCUGUCUGGUCUGCCUUGUCGUCCCAAUCAUCCACUUCGACCUCUCCCACCAACACCUCCGACUCCGAUUCCGCCGACUCCUACUGCUUGUCGCGACCCCAAGCCCGCGACACCGCUGUUAGAUUUACGAGCCCCUGGGCCAAGCGACCCGUGCAGCAAGCGCCUGUCGCUGUCUCUGCCGAGUUGCGCCAGAACCCGAGGCGGACCGGCGCCAGCUCGACUCGCACCGGAGCUCCCCCGACUCUCGUGCGCCAAUCCGACCGCAAGCUCAACUUUGUCGAUAACCUCGUCGAUUCGUCGACGCAGAUUGUCGAGGCCAUCUGGCCCUUGUCUUCGGUCGUCUGCCGCAAUGAGUUGGGUAGCAAGGCGGUUUUGCCCCUGCGCACCUUCAUCCAGGAAACCCUGCGACGCUCGCGCACCAGCUACUCCACCCUGCAGGUCGCUCUGUACUAUUUGAUCUUGAUCAAGCCUCACGUUCCCAAGCAUGACUUCACGAUGGAGCAGCCCGACGACAAGCACGAAUGCCGAGCCCUUCAGUGCGGCCGUCGCAUGUUCCUCGCUGCACUCAUCCUGGCGUCAAAGUACCUCCAAGAUCGGAACUACUCGGCGAGAGCCUGGAGUAAGAUUUCAGGACUCAACACGGCAGAGAUCAACCAGAACGAGAUCGCAUUCCUCCUCGCAGUCGACUGGAAGCUACACAUCACCGACGACGUCUUCCAGAGAUGGACGGAAAUUGUCUUGAAGUAUACGCCCCCGUCUCCGCCCGCCCCGGGAACGUCGACACAGUGGUACGCGCAGCAGAGUUCCAACUGGAAGAUGGUCAUCCUCCAGCUGAACCCCGAGCUCGACAACAUCGAGGGCUUGAUUCCUCACGCGCGUGUCACCCCCAGCCCGCGCGCCUUGGCUCGCCAUCGCGCCAUGCUGUCGGCGACUCAGGACUCUAUUUCUUCGAGUGGUGUUUGCGGUUUGGGAUACGACUCCUCGGAGCUUACUCCUACCCCGCGUGCUUUCCACACCCCCACCAUCAUGGAGCCUACCCCCGCUACUGUAUAUACUCCUGGCCGACUGGCUCCUGCUCUCGGUCUCCUUCCCACCCCUCGCCUCACCCCUCAGUCGAGCGGAUACAGCACUCCUGCCGUGAGUGCUACAUCCAACCUCGGCAAGGGCGGUGCCAUGGGCCUCGCCAUGGCCCAGGCCUCUUGCGUCUCUGUUGCUCAGUGUAUGGAUCGGUGGCCCGUCGCCAACACCUCCUCGCCUCAGGGUUAUGCCCCAGUUCGUCGCUCGUCUCUCGCCAACUCAAUCUCGACCGCGUCUUCUCCCGAAUCGAUGGUUUCCGACUCGUCGCGUACAUCUCGCUCGUCCUCGAUCUCAUCUGCUUCGUCACUGGCUAGCGCGCCUGCUCUCAACCUGGGAGUUCAGGCGCGAUUCCGGUCUGCGAAGCUGUGCAGUGAGAGGCCCAGCAUGAGACCGACGAUCACCUCGGUUCCUGAGGACUACGAAGAGAAUUGCCUCACUUCGUCUCCUGAGUCUUACACCGGCCCGGUUGGAAGACUCGGUCAGAUGUCGUUGGACACCCCGUUGGCCCAAAGAGGACUUGACGAGAUGACCCAGGACCCUGCCAACGACGCUGCACGCGCACUGCAGGAACUUCAAAACUACCGCACCGACAACGCCACUCCCACUGCUCCGGUCUCGCGUAAGCGUGGCCGCGCUAUCUCGAUCGUUGACAACUCCCUCCAGGAGAAUGUUCGGGAUAUGCUCUCUGGCAACUUUGCCGGCAAGCAGUGGUCUCAAACGCUGGUUCGCCCCAGAGCUGGCCAGGUCGCUCCGGCUGACCGUGGCUCUCCGGCUAAGCGCGUCUGCUGCGCGACGGAAGCGACAGAGGCCCACGAGGCCCGACUGCACUCGAUCGGCGGCUACCGUGGACCGGGUAUGUGGGAGGGACUUCUCAACUGA